UUGGGGACCUGAGCUCUUGGGAGAAACCAACCCUCCCACCCGGGGCUGAAUUGGAGCCAAACAGCUGGCUUCCUUCUGGAAAAUGUCACGUUUGUGUGUGUGUGUGUGUCCCUUGGAUGUGGUGCCACUAGAUGUCAGCAGGAGCCUGCGAUGUGCAGGACCCACGGGUGGGGACCAGCCCCUGGGACCCGAGCACCCUUGGGACCAUACCCAUGUGCCAUCUGGAGCAUCCUCUGACGUGGACCAGCCCUUGGGACCCGAGCAGGAGGUGGAGGCUUCCCUGGUGGAGCAGAACUUCACUGAGGCCUGGGGGAAGAAAGCCAAGGAGCUCUACAGCAACAUCUGGAGCAACUUCAGCAACUCGCAGCUAAGGAAGAUCAUCGGCUCCAUCCAGACUCUGGGGCCCUCCAACCUGCCUCUGGAGAAGAGAGAGCAGUACAACACCAUCCUGAGUGACAUGGACAAAAUCUACUCCACAGCCAAGGUGUGCCAGGCCAACGGUACCUGCUGGGAGCUGGAGCCAGAUAUCUCGGAAAUCAUGGCCAACUCCCGUAGCUACAAGAAACUGCUCUACGCCUGGGAGGGCUGGCACAAUGCGGCAGGCAACCCUCUGCGGGCCAUGUACCAGGAGUUUGUGAAGCUGAGCAACGAGGCCUACCAGAUGGAUGGAUUCAAGGACACAGGUGAGUACUGGCGCUCCUGGUACGACUCACUCACUUUUGAGGAUGACCUGGAACAGCUCUACAACCAGCUGGAACCGCUCUACCUCAACCUGCACGCCUUCGUUCGGAGGAAACUCUACAACCACUAUGGCCCAAAAUACAUCAACCUGAAGGGUCCCAUCCCUGCUCACCUCCUGGGCAACAUGUGGGCUCAGCAGUGGAACAACAUCUACGACAUGAUGAUCCCCUACCCGGAGAAGCCCAACCUCGAUGUCACGAACACCAUGGUGCAGCAGGGCUGGAAUGCCACCCACAUGUUCCGAGUCUCAGAGGAGUUCUUCACCUCCCUGGGGUUGCUGGAGAUGCCUCCCGAGUUCUGGGAGAAGUCCAUGCUGGAGAAGCCAAAGGAUGGGCGGGAGGUGGUAUGUCAUGCCUCAGCCUGGGACUUCUACAACCGCAAAGACUUCAGGAUCAAGCAGUGCACCACAGUCACCAUGGAGCAGCUGUUUACAGUGCACCAUGAGAUGGGCCACGUGCAAUACUACCUGCAGUACAAGGACCAGCCCGUCUCCUUCCGCAGCGGGGCCAACCCUGGCUUCCAUGAGGCCAUCGGUGAUGUCAUGUCCCUGUCUGUCUCCACCCCCAGCCACCUCAAGAAAAUUGGGCUCCUCAGCAGCAUCACUGAGGACACAGAAAGCAGCAUCAAUUACCUGCUGAAGAUGGCCUUGGAGAAGAUCGCCUUCCUGCCCUUUGGCUACCUCAUCGACCAGUGGCGCUGGAACGUGUUCAAUGGCCGUACGCCCCCCAGUCGUUACAACUACGACUGGUGGUAUCUGAGAACCAAAUACCAAGGUAUCUGCUCUCCAGUUUUGAGGAACGAAAGCAACUUCGACCCCGGUGCGAAGUACCACAUCCCUGGGAACACCCCCUACAUCAGGUACUUUGUAAGCUUCAUCCUCCAGUUCCAGUUUCACAAGGCGCUGUGCCAAGCAGCCAACCACACCGGUCCCCUGCACACCUGUGACAUCUACAUGUCCAAAGAGGCUGGAGCCAAACUCAGGUGGGGACAGAGGAAGGUUGGGACACUCACCAUGGAUAAAAUGGAUGCUGGGGCCCUCCUGGAGUACUUCAGCCCUGUCACCGAGUGGCUUCAGCAGCAGAACAACAAGACCAAUGAGGUGCUAGGCUGGCCUGAAUUUGACUGGCGUCCUCCUAUCCCUGAAGGCUACCCUGAAGGCAUUGAUAAAAUAGCAGAUGAAGUACAGGCUAAAGAGUUCUUGUCUGAGUACAACAGGACAGCCGAGGAGGUGUGGAACGCUUACACUGAGGCAUCCUGGGCCUACAACACCAACAUCACUGACCAUAACAAGGAUAUCAUGCUGGAGAAGAACUUGGCCAUGUCCAAGCACACCCUUCAGUACGGCAUGAGAGCCAGAGAGUUCGACUCCACUGACUUUCAGGACCAAAGUGUCACACGCAUCCUUAAGAAGCUGAGUGCCAUUGAGAGGGCAGCCCUGCCUGAAGAUGAGCUGAAGGAGUACAACACACUCCUCUCAGAUAUGGAGACCACAUACAGCAUCGCCAAGGUCUGCAGGGAUAACAAAAUAUGUCACCCCCUGGAUCCUGACCUCACGGACAUCCUGGCCUCCUCACGGGACUAUGACGAGCUCCUCUUUGCCUGGAAGGGCUGGCGGGAUGCUUCUGGGAAGGUUAUCAGGAACAAAUACAAGAGAUACGUGACACUAAGCAACAAGGCAGCCGUGCUAAAUGGCUACACAGACAAUGGGGCCUUCUGGAGAUCCCUCUAUGAGACCCCCACCUUUGAGGAAGAUGUGGAGAGACUGUAUCUGCAGCUGCAGCCCUUGUACCUCAACUUGCACGCCUAUGUACGCCGAGCCCUCUACAAAAAGUAUGGCCCAGAGCGUGUAAACCUGAAGGGUCCCAUCCCUGCUCACCUGCUAGGCAACAUGUGGGCCCAGUCAUGGUCCAACAUUUUUGACCUGGUGAUACCCUUCCCGGAUGCCACCAAGGUGGAUGCCACCCCAGCCAUGAAAAAACAGGGUUGGACACCCAGGAGGAUGUUUGAAGAGUCGGACCGUUUCUUUACAUCUUUGGGCCUAAUCCCCAUGCCGCAAGAGUUCUGGGAUAAGUCCAUGAUCGAGAAGCCAACAGACGGGCGGGAGGUGGUGUGUCAUGCCUCAGCCUGGGACUUCUACAACCGCAAGGACUUCAGGAUCAAGCAGUGCACAGUGGUGAACAUGGAUGACCUAAUCACGGUGCACCACGAGAUGGGCCAUGUCCAGUACUUCCUGCAAUACAUGGACCAACCCAUCUCGUUCCGUGACGGGGCCAACCCCGGCUUCCACGAGGCUGUCGGGGAUGUCAUGGCUUUGUCUGUCUCCACCCCCAAACACUUGUACAGCAUCAAUCUGCUGGACGAAGUCACAGACAACGAAGAAAGCAACAUUAACUACCUGAUGAGCAUCGCCCUGGACAAGAUCGCCUUUCUGCCCUUUGGCUAUCUCAUGGACCAGUGGCGCUGGAAGGUGUUUGAUGGACGGAUCAAGGAGGACGAGUACAACCAGCAGUGGUGGAACCUCAGGCUGAAGUACCAAGGCUUGUGCCCACCAGUGCCCAGGUCUGAAGAUGAUUUUGACCCUGGGGCGAAGUUCCACAUCCCUGCCAACGUCCCAUACAUCAGGUACUUUGUCAGCUUCGUGAUCCAGUUCCAGUUCCACCAGGCGCUCUGCAAAGCAGCCGGGCACACAGGCCCCCUGCACACAUGUGACAUCUACCAGUCCAAGGCAGCUGGGAGCCUCCUGGGGGAGGCUCUGAAGCUGGGUUUCAGCAAGCCAUGGCCUGAAGCUAUGGAGCUCAUCACCGGGCAGCCCAACAUGUCGGCCGACGCCUUGAUGAGCUACUUCGAGCCACUCAUGACCUGGCUGGCCAAGGAGAAUGAGAAGAAUGGGGACAUCCUGGGCUGGGCCGAGUACGACUGGACUCCUUAUGCAGCUACUCAAGCACAGGGCAGCCCUGACCAAGCAGAUUUCCUGGGCAUGUCCCUGGCCAGCAGUCAAGCCACGGCAGGUGGCUGGGUCCUACUUGCCCUGGCACUCAUCUUCGUGGUCACCACCAUCAUCUUGGGCGUCAAAUUGUUCUCAUUCAGGAGAAAGGCCUUCAAAUCCAGCUCAGAAAUGGAACUGAAGUAAGGCAGCUCCCAGUGGGGCAGAGCACACGUGCUGGCACCACGCAGUGAUGCCUUGUGCAAGGGACACAGGUGCGUGCAGGUUCACACGCAGUCCAGUGAGACUACGGGUUUCACCAGCCCAGGAACUCCUCCUUCCAAUCAGGUCAGACAUUUUUUUCACUAUGCAAGAGCCAAAGCAGAAAAUCACCUAUUUAUUUGUCAACGCCUGCAUUGUGGGAAGAGAAACUCAGGCCCUGUCAAGGGGCGGCCCUGCUGCCAGCAGACACUGAGCCAUCCCAGGGUGCCCAAGGGAAGCAUCCCAGAAGGGUGGGAUGGGGAGGGAGCAGUGUUCCCCCAGCACCCACCAGCCAUUUCCAUACCUCUGUGGCAGGGCAGGCCAAAGCCGAGGGGGCUUUGAACGAGCAGAGGGCAGACUGGGGGGAGACAGACUGUUUUCUACCUCUAUCCACCCCCAGUUUGCCCACUGCUGGGCUCUUUGCUUGCAUGGAUGAAAAAUAAAACCCUGUCUUGUUAUCCCCAGAGCAGUGACUCUGCUCCUUCUUGCAGGUGGAAAAAGAGCAGCAGGAGCUGGUAUCUCUAAGAGGCUGCACUCUCCGGCAGGAAAGCUGCCACCCAGCCCUGUGCAAAUACAAACCCCAGGGGACCAGCCUGGCUUUAAGGCAGUCCCCACCAGCACCUACCCUCUCCCCAUCCUCUGAAGCCCUCAGCAUCCUCACCCAAGGGCAGCCCUGUCCUCCGGCCUGUGCUCACAGGCUUCCCAUGGGGCACAUGCUUAAGCAAGGGGAUGAAUCAGGCCCACUGGAGGCCUGGAUUUCCAGGGAUGUCCAGGUCAAUUUGUUAAAAGGGUUGGGGGGUCAAAUGGGAGGUCACCAAGCCCAAGGAGAGAACAGGUUCAAGCACCACGCUGCUACGGCAACUUAGCCUGGGGAGGCCACCCUGAGCCACAGCGCGACCCAGGCUUUGCCUUGACAGCAGCCACAGUCAUUUAUGUAAGAGCAAGGGGGGCUCUGAGGUCUGCAAUCACCUCCUGCCCCUGAUUAUCUUGGGAUCAGCCAUGCCUGAAGCUUUUUUCCCCCUAUCUGUCUUCUGCUUCUGUAAAUAAAACUUCGUAUUUGUUCUGCAGUGAUUAGGUGCAAAAUUAAUCCCAGCCUGGGGAUUAUUGCAGCCUUAAAGAGCCAAGAUCUGCAGCAGGCCUGAGUAGCAGGGGAAAUGAGAAUAUGGGACAAGAUCCAGCCCUUGCCCCUCCAAGCUGACAGCAUCUGCCCUCAGUCAGGUCUUAAAUAGGGAAAGUGAGGCCCAAGAGGGGCUCUUGGCACUUCUGCUGCAGCCCAGAGAGGAGCAAAGCACAGGUGUCUGUCUGCCCACCCACGCUCGAGUUUUUGUUUGUUUGUUCUAAAUCCUCCGCAGUGCUGAGCACACCCACGGAGAGGUGGAAACACAAGCCAUUUGUCUUUGUGCCACGGUCCCUGCAGGAGCACCAGGCACAGCAGAUGACCUGGGCCCGCAUGGGAAACGGCUGCUCGUGCUGGCUGCCAACCGAAACACCUGCGCUCGGCCGAGAGUUUGCCCACAACGGUGAUGGGCGCUGAGCCCGAUGCCAUGAAACCUUCCCUCCCACCUGCCCAAAGCACAGCACACGGCAGGCACCUUUGCACCUCGGCUUGAGCACAGGGUUAAAGGCCCAGGUCCCUGGCCAGGACGUGUCUGUUUUAUAUCCUGGCACCCUGGAUCACCUCCCCACCCUCUUCCCAGCCAACACGAUGUCCCUGCUAGCUCACAGAGCACAGACCUGAUCCAGCAAGAGUCAGGUUUGAAAACAAGCAAGUUUGGUUUGGAAACCAGGCUGUUACGGGUAUGCUCCGUCUAUCUGUCAGCUCCUCACCUGCUAUUUAGAACUCCACGGCUCCUCUCUGCCCCACUGCACAGAGGAACAGCGGUCUCCAAGAUCACAAAUUUCCUACAAGUUUCAUGAAAAUUGCUUUCUGGAUAGAAGAAGGACCCAUGCUAUAAGCAUUCUCACUCAGGGUGUGUGAUACAAGCUCAGUCCUAAUUAGACAUCAGAGAACCCACACCUGAGCUAUCCCCUGCCAUGGAAAGGGACACUGCUCCAAGGAGGGGUGAUGAAUGCACAGCAGUGCCCUUCUGACCCUGUUCCAUCAACAACCUGUAAAGGUGCCCUAGUUUUGGCUGUAGUACUUUCUUAUUCCCAAGGAACAAGUCCCAUCAGGGCCUGUCUAUGGGGGAAGGGCAGGGGAACACAGAGGUGUGUGACCCCCAAAAUCUCCCACAGCAGCAGAUCUCACCCGUGCUCCAAGGAACAGGGGCAUCUCACCCGAGCAGACCAGCCCAUCCGGGAGACAGGGCUGCAGAUAAGGCUACCUGCAAUAUAGGUCCAACAUCCAUCCAGGAGAUGGGGCUGGAGACAAGGCUACCUGCAACACAGUUCAAAAAGGGCUCACGGCCCAGGCCUGAGCUUAAAUAGAGCUGCUGGGCCCUGGGCAGAGGGGAUGGAUGGAGGCCCUAGGUGAGGCUUUUCAGUGCAAUUAAGGCCUAUUACUCUUCUCAAGGCUGUGACAGCCAGUGAUAAAUACUUUACAAGAUACCUUUAAAAUGAAAAUGAUUUCUCUUCCUCAUUGUGAUAACAUCUGGAGAGCUCUUUACUGUCUUCUGGCUCUUGCAUCAUGAUUUCCGCUGAAAUUAGGCGACUUAGCGAAACUGCUCCGGGGGGGGACAGAAAAAAGAGGAGACGUCCUCCCCAAAUCGCACAAAUCUUCAAAGGAGAACUCUGAAAACAGGAUGUUUGCCAGGCUGUCCCCCGGUCUUUCCCAUUGUAAGACACCACCUAUGUAUGAGGCUCCCGGAGAGGAUGCGAGAUUCUCUCUGAAAUCACAAGA